UGCGUUGUUGUUUCCGGGCUGACAGCUCAGCUGGCGGCCGCUGUCCGAGGAGCUGAGCCGUCAUGUCACUGCAGUUCAGUGAUGAGGAGUUCCAGCGCGCCUGGAAGGAGCUGGACGAGCCGCAGCUGGAUGGAGGCUGGGAGCUCUUCACCGAGACGAUGGAAGUCCAGAUCCACCGGCUUUACGAUAAGGAAACUGGACUUUAUGAGUACAAAGUCUUUGGUGCUCUUGGAGGCUGCACCCCAGAGCUUUGUGCAGAUGUCUACAUGGACUUGAUGUAUCGGAAACAUUGGGAUGGAUAUGUAAAAGAGCUCUAUGAGAAGGACUUUGGUGGACAAACAGCGAUCUACUGGGAAGUGAAGUACCCGUUUCCUCUGUCAAACAGAGAUUAUGUGUACAUAAGGGAGCGGAGAGACCUGGACGUAGAUGGCCGAAAGAUCUGGGUGAUCCUGGCCAGAAGCUCAGCGGAGACGGCAUGUGCAGAGAAGAAAGGUGUGCUGAGGGUGAAGGACUACAAGCAGAGCGUCGCCAUGGAGAGCGAUGGAGCCAGUGGCACUAAAGUGUUCUUGAACUACUUUGACAACCCUGGGGGAAUGAUUCCUACCUGGCUGGUGAACUGGGCAGCGAAGAGCGGGGUCCCAGGCUUCAUUAAGGAUUUGCAGAUGGCUUGUAGCAAUUACAAAACAUACUGCGAGAGGAAAUGAGUGCAGCUGAAGAGCUUUGAUGAGUUUUCUUGCAGCUCUGUUUUCUCUUUGGGACGGGGGGGUUCUAGGGUUGUGUUCGGGGGGAAUGUGGCAUGUUGUUUUUUGCAGCUCUUCCUGUUUACUCGGGCAUGAUGUGCUGGACUGGCCGCCCUCAUUGAAGGGCUGAUGUCAAUCAAUUAUGUUCUGAUGUGCUGAGUUACCCAUGUCAAUAAUCAUGCACUCCGCUCUCUUUGGCAUUUGGGAACAUUUGGGGAUAUUUUCUUUUAAUCGACUGUUUUGAAGAUUUGAAAAUGUUAAUCAUUCUGUUUGGCUGUAUUUGCUUAAACAAUCUGCCUCUCUUUGGACAUGAUUUCAUGACUUUGUCUUGGUUUGUAAUUGUUUACAGUUCGUGUUGAAUCAGACUGAUGCAAUAUAUUUUAAGCUUGAGCCCAUUGGGAUCUUUUACUAUUACGAUUCACUGGUAUUGUGAUAAUGAAUGAAGUGUAGUUGUGUUAAUAAAAAUGCAUGUAAUGUAAAUUCA